GCUCAUCCUCCCUCCCUCCCGCUAGGUUUUGGGCUCCCUCUCCCCCAAUCAAUCAACAAAAGAAAAGGUUUCGGCCUUUUGGGCUCCCUCCCUCUCCUCCUUCAGGAGCAGCCGCCGCCGCCCCCGCCCCCGCCCGGGAGCUCGCCGCCGUCCCCCUGCAGCAACGUGGAGGAGCAGACGGUGCCCCCUCUCCCUCCUUCCAGCAACGAGGAGGAGCCGACGGUGCCCCCGCCCCCGAGUUCGCCAUCCCUCCCCUCUCCUGUUCGCCUCCCCUCCUCCAGCAACGAGGAGGAGCAGCCGGUGCCCCCGCCCCCGAGCUCGCCGCCUCCUCCCGACCAGCCGGCGGUGCUGUCCUCCAGCAAGCUAUCGCAAGCAGCCGAUCUUGCUGCCUCUCCCCCGCGCAGCUUUCCAAGUAGCCAAGCUUGCUGUCUCCAUGGUUUCCCUAAGUAGUAAGGAAUAUGCUUGAACAACUCAAGGUCUUCAGAUAAAGAGAAGGCAGAAAGCCAGAGUUAAAAAACAAAGUGAUCAUUUAAUGGCGACCAAAAUGUUAAGGGCAAGGGUCAUCUGGUCAUUGAGAUUUGGGCUACAUCAGCCCUCAAAGAGAACUAUGGGCACUAGCUCUGGCCCCACUCCUGCGUCGAUUCCUGAAUCUGUACAGUCAAAUGUUCUACAUCCGCUCGGUCUCCCUCCAGCCCCUCCCACAGACUUGAUCAACAUGACUGAAGCUGAAUCAGCUGAUAUCUCGCAUACUUCCGAAAAGCAUGGUGCUUCUGAUGGUCUGCACAAAGCAACCAAUGAGGUUGUUUUGGAGAACUUGAAUGCAGACUUAAAGGCUCUGAAGAAAUACAACAGUGUUGAAUUUCUAAAGAGACAGCAUGAAGAGUUCAGGCCAGCAUUUGUAUGCAGAGGUCUGUUGUUACCUUUCCAAGUUGACGAUACUGAGACCAAAUUCAUACUCAAGGCAUAUGAGCGUGCCUUCAAGGGCCAGGCCCCCAAGCUUCUCAAUUCCUUUGAUGCAACAAUCAAUCUUAGAAAUAUGCCUAUGGAUUUCUGGAAACACUCUUUAGAUGACUUCAUGAAGCAGCACAUCGUGGUAUCAAAUGAUUGGGACGAUAAGGCGGGUCGGCCAGCUGUGUAUGUCCAGUGCUUACCUUACGAGAUUGGCCCGACAUAUCCUGAAGGCAUCCAGUACUUGAGAGGUGAAUGCGAUGCUUCGUAUGAUCUGCAUACGCACUUUGGAGCCAUAGCUAAUGCUAUAUGGAACAAGACUGACCUUUUGUGGUACGAGAUCUGCCGUGGCUUCCGUUUCAACUCGAUCUUACAUGCUGAAGCCCAUGCUGCAUAUCUCUGUCUCAAAAGAGGCAUCGUCUUGACCCCGUAUUUCUCCAUGUAUGUGGACAACCUGGAUAUCCAUAAAAUACUGCGGGCUGGGUACCGCAGCCGCGAAGGCACGGAUGACCCUAUCUUUGAUUUACUUCCAUUCAUGAGGACGUACUUCUUGAGGUUUUCCCCGCAUUGGGUAAACCGAGAACUACUCAAACUUGUUGAUGGUUUAAUGCGGAAUAAGAACCCCAACUCAGACAGGCAGUGGGCUGCUGAUCUCUUGAGUGAGUUUCAGGAAGUUCUUAAGGGCGUGCCCAUCUUCAGUUAUGAUGGUGAUUUCCGACACAAUACACUAACAGAUGAAGUUUUGAAAUCCCCCAUGUACCUCUAUGAGGAUACAUGUUAUGUUGAAGCCAAAGAAGGUGAAUUUUUCGAAACAGUCAAGCAUGUCAUCAAUGCCUUCCAACCAAAGCGUCUACGCAUUAUUGCCAAAGAGGGUGACACAGUGGUGGAUGACUUGGUUAAACUGUAUGGAAAAAAAGUUGAUUAUAUUGCAAAGAGUCCAAAUUGGACAGAUGUGGAUUUUUCUGUGGAUGAAGCACCGAAGGUGUUGUGUCUGUGUCUUGAUAGUGAAAUAUAUCAGAAGUGCAGCUUUGAGGACAGGCAUGCUAUGACUGUCUUUAUGAUAAAGCCUGAAGAAAAGGGUGGUUCUCAUCUUGAGAAUGUCCCAGAGUUAAGCGUUAUUAGCCGCAUUUCCUACUACACAGAUAGAGAAGACAUAGCAGAAGACAUGGUGAAGUGGAAACGUUUGGUAAACAAGGGUGUCGGGACAAUGACCCCCAAGAUUGGGGAUGAUGUGAAAAUAUACUAUACAUUGCUGCACAAUGGAAAGGAAAUUGAAUCCAACCGUGAUUCUGAAGUACCGCACGUGUUUUGUCUUGGGGAAGGUAUGUUUUAUGGCUGGGAUUCCGCCAUAGCAAGUAUGAACAGGAAGGAGCGCUCAAUUUUCACUGUUCCACCAAUUCUGGGUUAUGCUAAAGUUGGUUCACCUCCUAGAAUCCCCCCACAUGCUACUCCUGUUGGAUGUCGAGGUUCUUAGUUGGAGCAGGAGAAAGGACAUCUGUGGUGAUGGUGGCAUAAUGAAGAAAACACUAAGGGCGGGUAAGGGGUCGUGUGGGCCAACAGACCUGGACAUGGUCAAGGGUAAGUCAAGAAAUUACUAUCCUGUGUAUUGUCUUACAUGUAACUAACAUAGUGUGUUCCUUCAGUGAACUUUGAGGUUUGCCUUGAGGAUGGCACUAUUGUAUCGAAGUCUCUAGGGGUAGACUUUCCUGUGAAUGAUGGUUUCUUCUGCCCUGCGAUGGCUAUUGCUGUGAAACACAUGUGCGAGAAAGAAAAGUCGCUUUUUUUUGUGGAGUCAGAAUAUGGGUUUGGCACCAGUGGGAGAGUAGGUGGCAAGGAAGGUGCAAUACCACCGGAUGCCAAGUUAAGGAUUGAACUGGAGCUGGUUUCAUGGAAGACUGUCACAAAAAAGGGGGAUGACAAGGGUGCAGAUACUGAAGACUCCUCAUGAACCAUGAAUUAAUAGAGGUGGAUCAGGAGAACCUUGUGAGCGCAUUACAAUAUCAGUGCCCGCUUCAAACUUGUUAACAUGUUGAGGGUAGUUUUAGGAAAAUAUUCUAAGUUAGUUCCUGUAGCAGCAUGAUGAACAUUGGCUGGUGGUUGUAUAUAUGGAUCGUGUCCGGGCGCGCCGGCCAUGCAUGGGCUAGGAUUUGGAGAUUUAGGAUCUUGCUCGGCUAGGAUUUGGCGAUUUAGGAUCUUGCUCGGUUUAAGUUAACGACAGAUGUAGAUUGCAGUUUUUGCUGGCCGCUGAAUCUGAGCUGGCUAAGAGGAUUUAGAUUGCAGUUUACUUCCGGUUCCAUUCUGAAUGUUGAUGUGUAAUGCACAUGUGGCUUCGAUAUCUCGUAUGUUCUGGUAAUAGCAGGCAAAAUACUCACCUGGUUUGAUCUCUA